AUACUUCUAAAUAAAUACUUGUCAGGAUUAAAAUUCGUACUCAAGAGUGUCCUGUGUUUAAUUAAUUCACAAGUGGGCAAGUUUUCCAGAAUCUGAAGCAAGAAACUAACAUCACAUGCACUCGCACAGACUCACACACAAGUUCAUCAGAAGCAUAUAAUCCACCCAGCUUGAUCAAAGAUUUCAACUCUAAGGCCAAGCUUUCCCAUUUGGGUCCUCUAAAUUUAAUCUAGAGCUCCAUUCUUUUUCACCAAAUCAUUCAAAACAGCUCAAUAUUAUUCUACUAAUCCAAUGUUGAGAACUGAGCCUUCUUUCUGCAUAUACAAUUCUGAAGAUGGGAUUGGAGAUGACAAAGAUGGAGAAAGCAGAGUCAGAAAUGAUGGAUUAGAGAGGUGUGUGACAAUUGGUGAUAAAAUAGGAAGUGGGGAUUUUAGUUUUGGUAAGAAUGGUAUGGGAUUGAUUGAGGAAGAUGAUGAUGACAAGGAACAAGAUGAAGAGAAUGAAGGGCUUUUUUAUGGACUUGAGAAAAUGAAAAUUGAAGAGAUUGAGAGGCCAGUGAGUCCUCCUAUGUAUCUGGCAACAGGGUUUGGGAUGGAUGGUAAUGGUGUGGGAGGUGGUGGUGGUUUUGGUGUGGAUUUCAACACUUCUUGUUUUGAUCAAGUUGAGGAUGUUGAGGAGUUUUACAAGAGCUUGGUUAGUGAGGAUCCUUCUAAUCCUUUGUUUUUGAGGAACUAUGCUCAGCUUUUGCAGUCCAAGGGAGAUCUUGUUGGAGCAGAAGAUCUAUACUUCCAGGCUACAUUAGCAGAUCCUAACGACAGUGAGAUAAUGUUGCUUUAUGCUAAAUUGGUGUGGGAGCUUCACCAUGACAAAGAUAGGGCAUUAAGUUACUUUGAACGUGCAGCUUGUGCUGCUCCUGAGGAUAGUCAUGUUCUUGCAGCAUAUGCUAGUUUCUUGUGGGAAGUAGACGAUCAUAAAGAUUUUGCAUCAACCAAUGUCAUUCAGUUAGAAGACAACAUUCCGGCUGACAUCCCAAAAUCAGUCAACCAAGAAAAACCAGUUAGCACCGAUCAUAUAGAUAUACCUACCGACGAAGGUGCCGAUAUAGAGGACUAUUACAAGAAGAUGGUUGAGGCUAACUCUUCCAAUCCUUUGUUUCUGAAAAAUUAUGCACAGUUCCUGUAUCAGUCCAAGGGGGACCUUAAAGGAGCCGAGAAUUACUACUCACGUGCAAUACUAGCUUCCCCUCGAGAUGGAGAAAUCAUUUCGCAGUAUGCUAAUUUGUUGUGGGAACUCUAUCAUGAUCAUGAUAAAGCUUUGUGUUACUAUGAGCGUGCAGUUGAAGCUGCUCCGGAAGAUAGCCAUAUUCUGGCAGCAUAUGCUAGGUUUCUCUGGGAAACUGAUGAUGGAGACGAAGAUAGCACAGAGUGACAUUCAGAUGCCAGUUAUCCAAACAGCAGAAACACCUACAACGGAUGCUCAGCGCAUUGCUUCCGGUUGAUGCUGCUAUUAGCUUCUAUGGCCUAUAGAUUUUAGCUAGUUAAUAAUUGAUACAUGUGAUGUAUCUUGUCCACUAACCUCAAAAACUUCCAAGGUUAUCUGAAGCUGUAAUCGUUUGUGCAGUGGCAUAAUAAUGGCAUCAAAAUAUGUUCUUGCUUCAAUGUAAUAUGGAUUAACAUGUAGAACUUUAACAUUCAUAUAUUAAACAGGCUUAUUCUAUGUC